AUGUCGCAAACCGUGUGGCCGAAAUCCAGAUUACUGUUCCUGGCGCUCUAUGGCAUCACAUCUGGACGGGAUAAUCCAGCUGACUGCGCCUCACGAGGACUUUCUCCUGGUGAACUGGUAAAUCAUCAUCUAUGGUGGCAAGGUCUCCCGUGGCUCCAGCUUGGGGAAUCUUCUUGGCCCGUUUCAAGCGGGCUGGUUACCUAUGAGAAUCUGCCCGAAGAACGAACCCGCGUUCAUGUGGCCAAAGCUCAGCCUUCGUCUGGCGAAGAACCCGCUGAGUUGCUGCGGUUCUCUUCCUACCAUCGACUGCUGUCCGAGCUGGAGGACGCACGCCUAUUGUGGCUCCGGCUGGUCCAAUCUACCAAGUACAAGGACGAACUAAAGGCCAUACGAAAGAGCCACGGACCAGGUAAAUCUAGUCCACUUAUAAGACUCAGUCCUUUUCUAGAUCGCCAGGGCAUUCUCCGCGUCGGAGGACAUCUCAAGCACGCCAUCCUGGAUUACGAUGAGCGCCACCCCAUCAUUCUGCCUAGCGAAUCGACGUUCACUCGACUAAUAGUCGAGGCGUGUCACCGUCGGGCGCUGCACGGCGGAGUACAGAUGACCCUGGGGAUGAUCUGGAAACGUUAUUGGAUCCCAAGAGGCCGAGCCAUCGUAAAACAACAAAUUCUUCGCUGCGUGACUUGUGUGCGUUGGCGGGCGGCGACGCCACAGCAGCUGAUGGGCAGCCUGCCUCGCGAAAGGGUGACGCCAGUUCGACCCUUCUUACACACCGGCGUCGACUACGCCGGACCUAUUUUGCUGCGGACCACAAAAGGAAGAGGCCAUCGAGCGUACAAGGCUUUCAUCUCCGUAUUCAUCUGCCUUUCAACAAGGGCAGUGCAUCUGGAGGUCGUAUUGGACUAUACGGCGGAGGCCUUCUUGGCGGCAUUGCGUCGUUUCACCUCUCGUCGCGGAUUGUGCCAAACCAUCCACAGUGACUGCGGGACGACGUUCGUGGGAGCUGACACACAGCUACGGGCCUUCUUCGCUGCCAGCAGUCCUGAACAACGAACGAUAGUCAGGCAGCUCGCAGCCGAUAGAAUUACAUGGCGAUUCAACCCACCUUCAGCGCCUCAUUUCGGCGGAAUAUGGGAGGCUGCCGUCAAGUCUCUCAAGCUCAUUUGA